UGCAUUUGUCGCCACUGGUUUUGGAAAGGGUGACCAGCAGAAAGUAGAGUAUGUCUGUUAUUAGUGGUACACCAGUAACUGUACCGAUCAUUUAUUUGAUGACCCUAUUAUUACAUCGAGCAUCGAAAAACAACAGAACCAGCAGCAAAGAAGUUCGAUGGUGAUAUGGAUUUACACCUGUAAUAGACAUGCUCAAGUAGUUGGGACACUGGAAAUACUAGGAGACCUCGUUUUGUACCGCUGUUAUGUUAAUAAAUGACAAUGCCUUCUUGCUGUCAGCAACAACGUGUAUGCUCACACAGAGAGAACUCCGAUUCAAGAGAAUAAAAAAAAAAGAGAGAAGCUUCAUAGUCGUUACUAUUAACUCUUUUCGCUCUCCAGUUACUCCCUCUUUUCUUCUACUUGUCACAUACGUACACAUAUUCAAACACAAAUACACGCAUAUAUAUACCUCAUUAUUCAUGGCAGUCUCACUUCUUGCAUACGUUGUCACAUUCUUUGUUUUUCUUUGCAAUUAUGCAUUGACCAUUGUCUCACUCGUAAUGCCAAAAUGGUUAUCAUUUGUCGCACCUAUGCCGUUAUAUAUGGAAACAGACUAUGGCUUGUUCCGACUGUGUCGAAGUUACUCACGGGAUUGUCGACCGUUUCCUGUAGAUGAUCAAGGCGACUGUAGUGAAGAUGGCUUCUGCGAGCUAUGGCGUGCAGCAGCUGCGGGUAUGGUACUCGCUGCUAUUUUAGGUGGCCUGACCAUCCUUGCAUUGUUUGGCACAAUGUGCAGCGAUCGACGAAAACGCGCUCGAGCAUGGAUGACGCUGUCCGGUCUUUUCGUUCUUCAUGCAAUUCCACAAGCCUUUUCGAUGGGCGUCAUUGCUUAUCUGUUCAACUCGAGCGCCACAUUCUACGUCGGAACCCGAUACAACGUUUCGUUCAUCAUUUCCACAAUCAGUUGGUGCUUCAGCAUUUUCCUGGCAGCCGUAUUGUCACUUAUCGCUAUCUUGAGUCCUCCCGAAUACGCUUAUCAACCCAUCAACUAAAACCCCAAUGUUUCCAUUUCGCUGUACCAUUCAUACCGCCUUUUUUUUUUCCCCCAGACAACAAUAAAUGCGA